AUGAUCGCCGCUGAACCGACUCGUUGGACCGAGCAAAGCGACGAGUUCAUCCGCACCAACUCGUUUCCCGGUCUUCGAUGGAAGACUCUACUUCAUGAUCCCAGCCUCAAUUUUCUUCACAACGAGGCAGACGUCGCUCGCGCUGUGGAAUCGUAUGUCCAUUGCCCAACGGCGCUGACGCUGGUACACGGUCACAAACAGGGUACCUUCACGAUGAAAUCCCACUCUCAACCGUACAAAACGGUCACCUGGGAUGAUGACGACAAACUUCCCCAAGAGCCUGAAUCGAUACAACUCAUGCCAGAUAUGGUGACGACAAUGGAGAUUCAGCUUCCCGGCGGAACGACCAAGCAAGUAGCUGUAAUCAUGGAAUAUAAGGAUACACUCCUGAACCCCAUCGAACAGUUCCAAAACGCGAUCAAACUUGCAAAGCUAGAGAAGACAGCUCAGACGGUGUUGGACACCCUGGACACCCUGGACGAGCAGGCUGGCAGGCUAGUCAGCAGUUCUAUCAUGGAUGAAGCGUCCUCUAUUGCAUCAGAGAGCGAAGACCUGUUGGUCGGCCCAUCGGACAGCACUGUCUAUGCACCUGCGUUCGAUGGACUCGACGACUCGGUUGAGCAGUCGAACGAUACGUCCUCGACACUCGGGCUAGGCCGACUGACUGGCUACCAAAUGGAUGCCAAGGAAAUCAUGACACAGCUCACCUCAUACGCCCUCAUGUUUCAAACACCUUGGGGCAUUGUGACGGACUUCAUCACCGCGACUAUCUUUCACUUCCAUCAAAUGGAGAGACAAGGUUCGCCGAAAGAGCAGCUGCGCAAGGGUCCCGGAGAGGAAGUCACUGUCCUCAACAUCCAAGACGCGCGCGAGAUUCUGCCCAACAUCCUUGGUUUGAUGCGCGAGGCCGAGACAACUUCUUGGUAA